AUGUUCUCACUUGGUGGAGGUGGAGGUGGCAAUGGCAAUGGCAAUGGACAUAAUAUAAACAGUGCAUUAUAUGAUGAUGAGCAGUCAUUCACAAUGCUUAACAACAACAACAACAACAAGAGAUCAAAUGUACACAUAGUCAAUCAACAAAGUCAAUCAAAACAGCAGCAGCGACAACCCUCAUCAAAGAAGCAACAAAAGAAGUAUCAACAACAACUACAACAACAACAACAACAACAAAAGAAAAAGAGAAACAAUAAGGAUCAUGUUGAUGGUGAUGAUGAUGAUGGGGACGAAGAGUUCUUUGAUACCAAUUCAGACUUUAGUGUGUUGACCGUAUCAACAAAGGAGGACUUGGAGGUCUGUCUCGGUGUGUUGAAGAAGGAGAUAUAUCAGUUCAGGAACUUAUCGGACAAUCUGAUUCAACGUCUGGCCACACUGGAGAAGGGCGUUGGUGAUGAGCGCAACAGCCAGGGCAACACACCGCUGCUACCCUACGCGCUCGACUCGAGUAGCGACAGCAACAACAGUCUCAAUGACUCUGCGUCGUUGGGUCAGGCGCCGGCGCCCACCUCGCCCUUUGAUCUGGACAGCGAGCGCAGGAUCUCUGUGUGCAUCAAUGACAUUCACCAGCUGCUCGAGCGUCAACACCAAUACGAGACACUGUUGGCACAACGUGAGCACUUUUGGGAGCACGAGAUUGACUCGUACAAGGCUCGUCUGAUGGGUCACUCGCCAACAGGCACUGGAUUCAAUGCCAAUGGUGGCAGCGCAGGUCACUUGUCAAUCAAUGCUGACCUCGAUGAUAAUUGUGAUGAUAGUGAUGACUCCAACUCAUCGUCCUCAUCAUCUACGUCUUCUUGCUCGUCAACAUCAAUGCUGCGGACUCAUCAUCUGUCGUCAAACAACUCGUCACUUGACACCACCCAUCAGCCACAACGACCACAGCCACAGACAUCUCUGGUUCGACGUGUAUACCUCUACUUCUUUGGCCCCAAGUCAACACUGCUAAGGAAGGUACUGGUCGUUGCCGUUGUGGUUGUCGUGUGGCCCAUCGUAUCAUCCUUCCUCUGGAAGGCGUUCAGAGCAUGGCUGGCAAGGAGAGGACUCUCUGGCUCAGCCCUGCUCAACCAAACCACCAACCAACACGCUGUACAUAGUCAAACAUCAACGUCUGCCUCGUCGUCGGGCGGCCCCAUGUCGUUGAUGAACAACCUUAACAACAACCUCAACAACAAGAACAACAAGAAGAAGAUCCCAAAGAUUGGAGCACCAGACAUUGUCAAGGCCUUCCUGCAAGGCGUCAGCACUGGCGAUGGCGGCAGCAACGUCAACAUGACCAACAACGCACUGACAACACUCACCAACUCCAUACUGAAUCCAACGACAUCAUCACUGUCCACAGCGCUAUCACAACUCUCACCCAGCUCAUCGUCGACGGGAUCAUCAUCACCGUCUUCAGCCGUAGCCACUGCCGCGGCCACCCUUUCCUCUGCGGCAUCCUCCGUCACCAAUGCGAUCACAUCGAGCGCCUCCCCCUCCUCAACACCAUCAACCUCACUCCUCACCAACUCCAAAGAGAAAAGAGAGACCAACCAGCGUAUCCUAUUCAAACUCGUCAAGAACCUCUUGAAGAGAAACAGUGGAGACAACCAUCAUGACAAUGAUACAACUACAAUAAUAACAUAA